AUGAAUUCUGAUACGGAUGUGCGUUUAAAAGCGCAUAUAUUCCAAGCUUUAAUUGUUAGAUGUAUAUAUUUGCUACAUAGCGUAAUAAUUUUAUGGCGGGUCGUUAUUGUGCGAGACAGUGAUUUAUUUUGGAUAUAUUCCGUCUUUGUCGGAAUAAUAGUCUUGGAAGGAUUAGUGAUAAUAAUUAAAAGAAAAGGCGUUGAAUUUAAAUGGUUUUCGUCCUGCAUUUUAACCUAUUCGUUGGUCAAUGUACCGUCCAUAUGGCAGCUAGAACUGUUCCGUAAUACUAACCCAAGUACGACUAAUACAACAUCUAUAAGCACAUCAAAUUCUGUCAUACCUAUAUAUCUUAACGAUGAAACUUGGAUUUUUGGUUUGGAACAAACAUUUCUACUUUGUAUUAUAUUCGGAAGAUGGUUACUACCAAAGGGUUCCUUAUCACGUGACAAAUUGUCCAGUCUAUUGCUGCUGUUAAUAGGAAAGGCAUGUGACGUAACGGACUUUUUUACUCUCAUAAAUGAGACAAAAGUCCGCGCGGAUACAAAUUUGGUCUAUGCAAUUUUGUCAACUUGGAGUGUAAGCGUAGUCCAGUUUACAUUUGUGCUUACAGAAACUGAAAGUCCAAGCGGAAAUAGUUCUUCAAGACAAAUAACUCAACUUCAAAAAGUAUUGCUUGGAACAGAUGUCUGGUGUUGCACAAUUUCUGUCUUUAUGGAAGAGUUACCAUUCCUGAUAAUGCGGGCAUAUACCAUAGCGACGCAUAAUAUAACUUCGUACAGUACAUUAUUUUUCAUCACCAAAAAUGUUUUACUGCUUUUAAUGCUGUUUUAUAGAAUUUUAAGUGUAUUUUGUGAAGAGUUUGAAAUUCAUUGGCCCGUCGUUCCGAGUACUAAAGUAAGAUGGUCACAUGAUACGCGCCAAACUUCACGCAUAGGAAAUGGUUUGGACCUUGUUAAUGUAGAUGAACAGUUGAGAUCAGGUUCAGCAGGAAUAAGCACGAGGUCUUAUAGUCUACAUACAAUCAAUUCAACUGUUUCUAGUACACUAUUAACAGAACAAAGAUCAUGUGCGGAAGAAACAAAAGAAGAAACGCCGUCCAUUGAAAUUUUGCAAAUUUAGGUUAGGGACAAUAUACACAGAAAAAUAAACAAAGAUUUCUAUCUGUA